AUGACAAAAACUGUACUCACAGGUGUCCUGGGAGCCGCCGUGCUUGCGCUCGGCGCGUCGACCGCAUCGGCGGCAACGCUCGAUGAUGUCAAGGCCAAGGGCUUCGUGCAGUGCGGCGUGAGCCAGGGUCUGCCGGGGUUUUCCAACCCUGACGCCGAUGGCGAAUGGAGCGGCAUGGAUGUCGAUCUGUGCCGGGGCAUCGCCGCGGCGAUCUUCGGCGACGCCACCGCUGUGAAGUUCACGCCGCUGUCGGCCAAGGAGCGUUUCACCGCGCUGCAGUCGGGCGAAGUCGAUGUUCUGUCGCGCAACACGACCUGGACGAUGAGCCGCGACACGCAGCUCGGCCUGAACUUCGCCGGCGUCAACUAUUAUGACGGCCAGGGCUUCAUGAUCCGCACGGACAUGAACAUCAAUUCGGCGCUCGAACUGUCCGGUGCCUCGAUCUGCACCAACACGGGCACGACGACCGAGCUGAACGUGGCCGACUAUUUCCGUGCCAACAACAUGGAGUACGAGCUGGUCGCCUUCGAAAAGGCCGAUGAGGUCGUCGCCGCCUAUGACGCCGGACGCUGCGACGUCUACACGACCGACCAGUCGGGCCUUUAUGCGCAGCGCCUCAAGCUGACCGAUCCCGGCGCCCACAAGGUUCUGCCGGAAAUCAUCUCCAAGGAGCCGCUCGGUCCGGUUGUCCGUCAGGGCGACGACCAGUGGUUCAACAUCGUCAAGUGGGUACAUUUCGCAACGCUGAACGCCGAGGAACUCGGUGUGACGAUGGCCAAUGUCGAGGAGAUGAAGGAAAGCGACAAUCCGUCGAUCCGCCGCCUUCUCGGCACCGAGGGCGAGUUCGGCAGCGAUAUCGGUCUCGAAAACGACUGGGCCGCCAAGGCCAUCGCCGCCGUCGGCAAUUACGGCGAGAUCUUCGACCGCAACGUCGGCCCGGACACCGAGCUGGCGAUCGGACGCGGCGUGAACGCACUGUGGUCGCAGGGCGGCCUGCAAUACGCACCGCCGAUCCGCUGA